UACACUUUAGUAAUUAAAGUAGUAACUGCAGUAGACAAAAUGCUAAAUGCUUUGUAAGUUGCUUUGGAUAAAAGCGCCGUACUCUACAUUGCUACAAAAUAUACUAAAUAUUUCAGUAUACUAUAGUAUUUACUACAGUUGAUCGGAUAUUACAAAAUACUGUAUACAUUAACAGGUUGUACUAAAGUGUACAACUGUAUCAUGUGGGUUAUUCAGCAGCAGAUUUCCCACACAUUAAGUCAAACGGACCCAAAUGAGUUAUCCAGCCCUACGGAGCCCCCUCAAACUCACACCCAAAUCGUGAUGUUGCUCACGAGGAGAGAAAGUUUCUCGACUCCCAAAUGUCACCUGAUCAAUUUCGGUGGGCAAACUAUUACAAUGCUCUCCCCACCCCCUAUGAACUAUGAAGACCGCCCACCACAGGCAUCCAACUCGAGACCCCAUAUAGAUUUAAAAAGCGAGACGGGAUCCGUGUGUAUGACAGUCACUGAGUGCAAGCAUCGGCACAACAUCUGUCAGUCCGUUCUCCUUCUCUCUCCAACGCGCGUCUCCGUUUAUUCCCGAGGAUGCUACAGAUCCCGCAGCUGCGCCAGGGCGUCAUCGCGCUUCUCAUCUGGUUUGCGCACUUCAUGGAGCAGCAGAAAGUUCAAGCCGGCAACUGCUGGCUUCAACAGGGCAAGAAUGGAAGGUGCCAGGUUUUGUACAUGUCCGGGAUGAGCAGAGAAGACUGCUGCAGGAGCGGUCGAUUGGGCACGGCAUGGACCGAGGAAGAUGUGCCCAAUAACACGCUGUUCAGAUGGCUGAUCUUCAACGGCGGUGCACCCAACUGUAUACCUUGCAAAGAGUCUUGCGACAAUGUGGAUUGUGGUCCUGGAAAGAAGUGCAAGAUGAACAAGAGGAAUAAACCCCGGUGCGUGUGUGCCCCAGACUGCUCCAAUGUCACUUUCAAGGGUCAGGUGUGUGGCUCCGAUGGGAAAACCUACAGGAACGAGUGUGCACUUCUUAGGGCCAAGUGCAAGAGGCAUCCUGACGUGACCGCACAGUACCAGGGAAAAUGCAAAAAGUCCUGCAAUGACGUGCGUUGCCCUGGAAGCUCGACGUGCGUAAUGGACCAGGCCAACAACGCCUACUGCGUAACCUGCAACCGCCAGUGCCCCGAGGUCACCUCUCCGGAGCAGUACCUGUGCGGGAAUGAUGGGAUCAUGUACCACAGCGCCUGCCAUCUUCGAAGAGCCACGUGCAUCCUGGGAAGGUCCAUCGGAGUGGCCUAUGAAGGCAAAUGCAUAGAUGCCAGGUCGUGCAAAGAAAUCAACUGCCGCGAGGGAAAAAAGUGUCUUUGGGAAGAGAAAACGGGCCGGGGACGCUGCUCGACGUGCGAGGACACGUGCCCGGAAAGCCGCCCGGGUGACAGCGUCUGCGCCAGCGACAAUGCCACCUACCCUAGCGAGUGCUCUAUGAGGCAGACCGCCUGCUUGCUGGGUCUCGUCUUGGAAGUCAAACACUCGGGCUCGUGUAACUGUAAGUAGAGGACGCUAAACCUGGAAGCAAAAUCCAGCACCCAUCAGCCCCAUCCCAGCCGUGAGUUCCUUCAUUCAAGCCCCAUCGAAAAUCACACCCCUUUCCACUGCCCAACAAAGGCACCGCAAGGAACACGCCGGAGACUUUGUAUCGUGGCACCGAGUGACUUUCUGAUGCAUUUGGUUAAGACAGUGCAUAUGUUCACUGCGCAUCUAUAGACUCGAAUGAGGUUUGAACCCUAAAUCCGAGGUCAAGUCUGCUGGAAGGAUUCCGAUCUGUAACGGGAGAGAGUUGCUCUUCCGCAUUGGUUACACUGUCUAUGCAUCAGAGGCCGAAAUGUCUAGACUGACGGAAUUGACAAAUCAUGUGGAAGGGGCCAUAGGGACAUAAACUCAGUGUGCUCAGACUGUGAAUCACGUCAUUGUCUCUGCCUAUGGGCUGCCUCUCAAAUGCUCCACGAUCAUCGUGUGAUAUGGUCGAGGAUGUGUGUAUUACGGACAAAGACGAGUGAACCCAGUGCCAUGAUAGUGCUGCAACACUAUUAGAGCAAAAAUGCCACCGGUUUUAAAAUGGGGGGCAAAUAUGUGAAGUCUUUUUUAUAUAUAUAAAUAUAUUUCUGCUAUAUAUUUGAAGUAUUUACUUAAAUGAAAAGUAUGCUGUGUGUGUGCGUGCGUGUCUAUGUGUGUUUGUUUUAAAUGUUUCGAAAAAAAAUAUGCCCUCUUAAAGCCAAAUCUAGGGGGCAAAUAUUGCCUAAUAAUGAAGAAAUUUCACUUUGCAGAACCUUAGCUAACAUCACAACCUGCCGGGCAGUACUUCUUAUCGUCUUUGUGUAAAAGGGACUUCUUUUUUAACAGUUUGGUUCAUUUGUCUAUUUUACGCAGCAUAUGUUGUUGAUAUGAUGUUAUAAUGUUGUGUUUUUUAUGUUAAAAUAUUUAUGCAAGUAUAUAAAAGCCACUUUGUCCUUGAACACGUGAGGAUUUGUUUGUACGUAAAAUGCUUUUUUUUUUUAAUAUAACUUCUUCCUAACUUUGUAAUGUUCGAAGGUAGGCGCAACGAAUCUCAUGCGGAAAAAAUGUGAUUGUUUGCGAUUAUUAUAAACAUGUUUAUACGGUAAAAUGAUUAGUUAGAACAUCGACUAAUGCCUCAAACUAGAACCAUCCUUCGCCGGGCGACUUUGUGUGUGGUAUUGACAAAUCACUUUGCAUUUCCAAAAAAGCUCAACGCUAUAUUUGUUUAUAAGAAGGGAUUAGGUAAUGCUUCUUUGCUUGCUUUUGUUUUAUUUUGUAAAAUAAAAUUAAAUACGAGAAAUUGUCUUCACUAAUCGAAGGCAGAGGCAGGGCGGCAUCCCAUUUCUGUUUGUUUUCAGGCAUAGUCCCCUAAAAUCUCCAUCGUAUGAUGUGACUUCACCACCUCACGUAAACUGCAAAACAUUGCUUUCUGGAAGAAAAAAUGUCUUUUCAAAGUCAUGCAAUGUUUUUUAUUAUUGCAACAGCUAACAUAUUCCCCCAUAGCUCUUUAAGAAAUGGAUGAAGAGGAGGAAAAUGAAGAUUACAUGGAUUAUAAGCAUCUAUCUGUGUUAUUGACUGAAGAAACCAUCACCAACCCCAGGACUUGCACGAGUCAUGUUCAUAUUGUACAUACGUAUUGUACUCUUAUUUAUUUUCCACGGACACGUGGGAGAUGCUUAUUGUUCUAGAUGUUUAUUUAUGCAAUUUUGCCUUUUUAUUUAUACAUUUAUAGUCUGAAUAAAUGAAAUGUCUCUCA